AUGGCCACCCCUGGACACGACUUCGGCUCCGCCCCCGCUCCACCCACCUCCGCGACUGAGUUUUUUGAAUGGUGCCAGCAGCACCUAAAGCAGCGUGGGUGGGGCCGCCUCGAUCGAGAGGCCGCCCGAUUUUUAAGGUCGUGGGGCUUUAUUCAACGAAGCUCGUCACCCGACGUUGGAGGCGCCAUACGGCGUCUUCUUGACGCCGUACCGCAAGCCCGCAUCACUAAGCCCCGUCUCAUUGAUGCUGCACGUCAAGGCGAUGAUGCGGGCGAAGCGGAAUGGGUUCUACCAGCUGGAGUGAGCUUAACAGCCCAGCCGACCUACCAGAUGCAGACGAUUCUCGACGACCGCCGCGAGAACGGAAGGGUCCUAUUCCUAACCGCAUGGGAGCCAACAUGGGAGCCGGCAGCAAACCUUCCCUCCGGCGAACUCCGUAAGUAUCGGCAGCGCAAGCGACGUAAGGUAGAGAGGGCCUACAUUGAAGCUGAAGCAAAAGAAGAAUAA